AUGAAUCAUUAUACUACAUUACCUACUAGCGAGCCACCAACAUACGAACAAGAGCAAAGUCCCAGGGUCGAAGGGGAUAAUAUACCUGAUGAUUUCAAGUAUUCCGUGGAUGUUGCAUCCUGUGAAUUACCAAUCCGUCAAUUGUUCAUUAGAAAGGUAUAUACAUUGUUGUCAAUUCAAAUAUUUGGUACAGUGUUAGUCGGGCUUAUCAUUCGUUCGAAUAGUUCUAUUCAAACAUGGUGCUUUAACAACAUGUGGCUUUUCUUUGUCUCACUUAUUGGUUCAAUCGGGUUCAUGAUUGCCACUCACAUUAAGGCUAGGUCAUAUCCAAGCAACCUAUUAUUAUUGGGUGGGUUCACUUUAUGUGAAGCCUAUGGAGUUGGAGUUGCCUGUGCAGCAAUUGAGUCGCAAGUAGUGGUACAGGCAUUGUUGAUAACAUUUGUUAUUUUCAUUGGGUUAACAUUAUUUGCUUUCCAAACUAAAUAUGAUUUUAUAAGUUGGCAAGGAACUGUCAUGAUGGCUACAUGGGUAUUAAUUGGCUGGGGAUUCAUCUUUAUGGUUUUCCCAAACCACUCAUCGGGCAUGGAAAUGUUGUAUUCCGGAUUGGGGGCUAUAAUAUUCAGCAUUUAUAUCAUUAUAGACACCCAGAGGAUUAUGAAGACAGUCCACUUGGAUGACGAAGUCCCAGCAACUCUUUCGUUAUACUUGGACAUCUUAAAUUUAUUCUUAUUCGUUUUACGUAUUUUGAAUAACAGAAAUGAUUAA